AUGGCUUUCCUGAAGGGAAGUGGUAAAGGGAAGUGCUGUGGGCUUCAGUGGGGAAGCAGCCAGAUAAGACUCCACAAAAUUGUUAGGCUGCAGCAGGAAAACUUGCAGAAGCUGGUACACAUUGAGCACAGUGUCAGGGGGCAGAGCAACCUCCUCCAGCCAGGAAGGGAGUUUGUUAAAGAAGGAACGCUGAUGAAAGUGUCCGGGAAGAACAGGCACCCUCGGCAUUUGUUCUUGAUGAAUGAUGUUCUGCUGUACACUUAUCCCCAGAAGGACGGCAAAUACCGACUGAAAAACACCUUGGCUGUGUCCGGAAUGAGGGUCAGCCGCCCAGUGACCGAAAAAGCCCAAAAUGUCCUGAAGAUUGAAUACGCCGAACACUGUCUCACUCUGUCAGCAAGCUCAUGCUCUGAAAGGGAUGAGUGGUAUAGCUGCAUCAGCAGAAGCCUUCCAGAUGACUACAAAGCUCAUAAUACAUCUGCCUUUCACAACAGCAUUGAGCUAAGGGAAAGGCUGGGAAUACCUUUGGGUGAGAGGCCUCCCACCUUGGUACCUGUAUCCCAUGUCAUGAUGUGCAUGAACUGCGGCUGUGACUUUACCCUCACUCUGAGACGCCAUCACUGCCACGCAUGUGGGAAGAUUGUAUGUCGGAACUGCUCAAGAAACAAGUAUGCCCUGAAGUACCUCAAAGAUCGACUAGCAAAAGUUUGUGAUGGCUGUUAUGCAGAACUGAAGAAGAGAGAACGGCCACUAAGUGUGAUCUUCCCUCCGACUUCAUCCAGGUGUUCGGGCAGUGCCUUCUCCUCCGUCUUCCACAAUAUUCACUACUCUUCCUUCAAGAAGCAAAAGAAAACUCCUUCAGCUCUUAUGGAGGUAGCAGCUUCAGGAGAAGGAUCGACCAUCAGUGGCUAUCUCAGCAGGUGUAAGAGAGGCAAACGACAUUGGAAAAAGUUGUGGUUUGUCAUCAAAGGCAAAGUCCUCUACACAUAUACAGCAAAUGAGGAUAAAGUCGCUACAGAGAGUUUGCCUUUGCUGGGUUUCACAAUUGCCCCAGAAAAGGAGGAAGGAAGUACGGAUGCAGUUUUCCAUCUUUACCACAAGCAAACCUUGUUUUAUAGCUUCCGAGCAGAGGAUUACAAUUCAGCACAGAGGUGGAUUGAAGCCAUGGAAGAAGCAACCAUAUUAUAGCAGCAGUCAUUCAAUGGACUUGGAAUAAAUUCUCAGAUUUCUAUACAUUCCCAGAAGUCACUUCCUAAUUUCAAGAAGCUGAACAGUGUAUUACAAACCACCUGGCUAUGUACACUGGAUAUGGACUGUUUCCAAAAUUGCUCUUUUUUGCUUCCUUCCUCUUAAAUCCAUAUUUUUUUGCAAGUGGAAACUUUAAAUAGGGAAUAUUUAUGGUCCUCCUCUUUAUGUCUGUGCAAGUUCAGUCUGCACUGUAACUCACUCCUAAUCCCACAAUCAACUAAGUUUUAACAACAAAACAAGAAACACAGCUGAUAAACAUUUUUUUCUAAACAAUUCACAUGGAAGUACAGGUUAGCAGUUAAGCUGUACUUAUUCUAGGCUAUCGCCUUCUUUCAUUGUGUUGGUUUUGGUGUCUAAGUGAAAUAAACAACGUAGUGAACAACAGAUACUCAUUUAAAGCACUUUAUUGUUUUUAUUGAAAUACAGCUUCAUUCCCCUCCUUUUCCCCCCCGGCAUGUUCUGUGGACUGAUUUACCACUAGUCCAUUAACAGUUGCCAGCAUCAAAUUGUUCCCUGUCUACGUUAAAUUACUUCCACACAACAUGAAUGAAAAAAGAAAGCAAACAAAAAAACAAGAGACCUGCAAAGCAUUAUGAUCUACUAGUACCCUAUGGCUAGCACGCAUGGUAAUUACUUAUAUCAAUUUAUAAUUUAAUGCAAGUUGCUGUAUAAUUUAUUAAAAGGAAUUUCAUGCCAUACCACUGCAGAACACUACAGGAGCUUUGCAAACCCAAAUAAGGAACAUCAUUUUCCAUAAAGACUGCAUAAAUUAAAACCUCAUUGAGGUUUUAUUUUACUGUAUAUCUUCAGACAGCUUAUAUUUGACACUGGUCUAUUUAAUUAGCUGUAGAGUUUUUAAAUAAUCUGAUAGAAUCUUUAUUUUUAAGAUUCACAGUUGUUACUGCUGUCUUGGUUAUAACAAAUGCCAUCAAAAAUGUAAUUCAUGGUACCAGCACAAAAUUUAAGAGCCACUGGCUGGCCGUAAAGUAUUGAACACGAUCUGUCCAAAUUCUUUAGCACUCCUGUGGCAAAAACUGCAACUUAAAUCACACUUCUCUUGCAUCUCAGACUUAGGGGCCAGAUCCUCAGCCACCAUGUAUCAGCACGACUUCAAUAGGACUAUGCUGAUUUAUACUACCUGAGGAUUUAGCCUGCUCAGUUCCUGUUAUAAGGGGUGGAGAAAUAUAAUUAUUGCAAAGAAAAGAUCUAGGUAUCUCAUAUAUGUUAUAAAUAUAAUGCUUGACUGAGGAACAGAAUGGCAUUUAUGACUCAAUUAUACCUUUGUACAAAAUACCAGGUCCAAGAAGUUACUCGUGCUAAAAUACAUUUUCAGGGAAACAUUCUCAUUACUUUUUUCCUUCCUUCAAUAAUUUACAUCAAAGCCUGAGCUUCUGGUUCCAAUGUUGACUAGUUAGAAAUGUCCAUAUUUUAAAGGUUUACAGAAUGUAUUCAAGAGAAAUAGAUCUAUUUAUCAUCCAAAAUAAAACAUGUAAAAAAUAUGGAUCUUAUCUAACAUUAAAUAAAAAUACAGUUGUGCUCUUUCAUUGAUAUAUUUGAGUCCCCAAUAGUUUCAUAAAGCACAGACAGUCAUAUGCAAAGAGGAAUUAAUUAUUAAAAAAUAAAGCUUAUAUUGUUAUCUUAAAAUGGGUAAAUGCCAAUGUUAACACUGUACAGUAUGUGUCAUGUUAAAACUAUGGCCUAGCUUCCAUUAGACUGUAAAUGUUUCUUAUUCCUUAAAAAAAACAAAAACAUUUGUUGGAUUUGCACUGACUGACAAAAAUAAAGAAUGUUAAAUACAAAUUGUAAUAGAUUUAAAAUCACUAACCAAGGUUUCAAGCAAAACAAAACUGCACUACAGACAAGCAACAGUAUUAUGAAGAUUUAGGUGCUGACAUUUAGUGACUGUUGUUUUUUAAUGAUGGGCAGGAAAUGAAUACAUGAAAAUAUUUUGUUGUAAAAAGUAAAUCCAGUGCUAUUAAAAUUUCUUGUUUUAAGUAAUGUGGAAAAAUAAAAAAGCAAAAUACAA